GAGAAAAUUCACGUUCUGGUAUAAUGGUGAAAAGAAAGGUCUGUAUGAUAGUUUCUACUACUCUUUCAGAGUGUCUAAAUAGCUACUCAGUACCUUAGCCUGACUUUUGUCCUCUGUUCUGUUUUACUAGAAAAUUUGUAUUCUAUCUAUCAAUGUACGUAGUUCUCCUUAAAUCGGCUGGUGAUAAUGCUACUAGCAUCGGUGAUGACCCUUAUGUACAGAUAUUAAAAAACUCAGGUUUCAGCGUAGACUUACUGGAAACUCUUGAUUUCGAGUAUAACAUAUCAAAUCUAGCGGAAUACAAAAAUUGGAGGAACAAUCACAGUUGCAUUAUUUUUAGUAGCCCACGUUCCGUUAUCGCAUGUGUUAAAGCUGGACUAACAGGUAAUGAAAAUGACCUUUGUUUCGUUGUUGGUCCUAGCACUGAGUUACAAGCUAAAAAAGCUGGAUUUUCGCCUAAGGGAGCUGAUUCUGGUGAUGCGGAGAAGCUCGCUAGUUUUAUUUUGAAGCACUUUGCCUCAAAAUUGGAUAAACCUAUAUUUUUCCCAUCCGGGCAAGUACACCGCGACACACUACCGAAAGUUUUGGAAAAUGAAGGAAAAAAAGUGAAUACCGUUGUGGCCUAUUCUUCUGUAGAAAAUACUCAACUUCAUGAAAAACUGCGAUUGAAUUUAUGUGAAGGAAAUCCUAUUCCUGAAUGUUUAGUAUUUUUCAGUCCCUCUGGCGUUUCAUUGACUGAAAAAAUAUUAUUAACCGAAAUUAAACCACAUCGACCGAAUAUUAAAUUGGUUGCUAUGGGACGCGCAACAGCAACACAAUUAAAAGAAUUAGGUUUGACUGUUUCAGCGGUUGCCUCAUCACCUAAACCGGAAAGUCUACUAACAGCACUAAAGCAGUUAAAAUGAUGUUUAUAGUCAUCAGUAAAGAAACUUUUUAUCUUUUCAAAUCCUAACUCUUUGUUGCUUUUAAUAUUCUUUGACUUAUUUGUAUUUAUUUAUUCCCAAUCAUUUCCAAUACCAAGGAAAUUUUAUUGCCUUUUGGGGAUAGUACAGGUAGUAGACACUAUUUAUUCAAGCUGCAUUGAUUAUGUUUUUUUUCUUCAAAGAAUAUAUUUAUGUGCUUUUUUUAUUUUACAAAAAUUGUGCCUUGUUUACUUAUUUAUAUCUUUAUUUGUAAUUUGUGAAUUAUACAAUCUAUUUAUUUGUGUAAACUAAUAAU